AUGGCUGUUAAAAAACGUCAGCUGGAGGACUCUACCUCUGUCCCAAAAUCCAAGAAGACGAAGCUUGCCACAGAGGGUAAGAAAGAGAAAAAGGUCAAGCCCGACCAACCUACCCAGCACCCAGUACACACAGCACCAGAAGAGGUCGACUUUCCUCGAGGAGGCGGUUCGAGCUUCACUCCGCUGGAAGUGAAAACUAUCCGAGCAGAAGCCGUCAAGGAAGCCAACGAUGAACUUUUCAAAAAGCUCAAGAAGCAGCGCUCUAAGGUUGACGUGAAAGGGAAGGGGAAGGCUACAGGAGAAGGAAUAAACGGUGAUGCGCUUCGUAUUGAACAUCUAAACUAUAAGCGCAUAGCAGUUGGAAUGAAGAUACUGGGACAGGUCGUUUCUGUUCAACCGCUAGCUCUCAUCGUUUCCCUGCCUAAUCAGCUCCUCGGCCACAUCCCCAUCACCCAAAUAUCCUCCGAGUUGACCACUGCUUUGGAAACGAUGGACACCAACGAGGACGAAGGCAUGUCUAGUGCAGGCGAGGACGAUGAUGAGAAGAAGACGUCUGCCGUUCCCGACUUACACGAGAUCUUCGAACCUGGACAAUAUGUACGGUGUGUUGUGACGGCGGUUCACGAGGCAGGCUCUACGGAAGGGAUGGCUGGUGUCGGCAGAGGAAAGAGUGCGGUGGAAAAGUCGAGUCGCCGAGUCGAGCUGAGCUUGUUGCCAGAGCAAGUGAAUGAAGGUGUUGUCAAAUCGGAUUUGAAACCAGGUUUCACCAUGUCCGCUGCUGUCAAAAGCGUGGAAGAUCACGGAUAUAUCCUGAACCUAGGACUUACCAACAUAUCCGGUUUCCUCUCGUCCAAAGAAGUCGCAAAAUCCAUUCCUGGAAAGGCCAAGUUACAUGUCGGUCGGAUAUUGGACGUUAGCGUCGUGAAGCUUUCAAGCAACGGUCGAACCUGCACAGUCUCUGCCGAUAGCGCUGGAAGAGCGUCGGCUUCGUUGACUGAAGUGACGAGUGUCACCUCCAUUCUUCCAGGCGAGCUGGUACAAUGCCUCAUUACAGCUGUGCUCCCCACCGGACUCAAUUUUCAAGUUCUCGGCUUCUUCGAUGGUAUAGUCGACAGUUUCCAUCUACCUCCCGGUGAUCCUACGACUCUCUUCAAAAUUGGCCAGAAAGUCAAGGCACGCGUUUUAUACGAGAUUCCAGGGCAUUCACCACCUCGAUUUUCCCUCUCUUUAUCUCCACAUAUUCUUGCCCUCGAUGUGAAGCAUUCCGAAACAGAGGAUGAGGCGGCACCAACCAUCAAGGAGGCAUAUCCCAUCGGUACGAUUUUGGAAGCUGUCAGAGUUAUUCGAGUGGAAACCGAGAGAGGACUGGUGGUCGAAGUUCGCCCAGGAAUUCAAGGUUUCAUCCAUAUAUCGCACGUAUCGGACGAUCACGUACCCUCACUUUCCCCUUCCUCGGGUGCAUGGAAGCUCAACUCGACACAUCGUGCCCGAGUGACUGGCUACCACCCCUUGGACGGCCUUCUACAGCUAUCAUUAAAGACGUCUAUCCUUGAACAGAAGUUCUUGCAGGUGUCCGAUGUUCAAGUCGGAGAGGUGGUCAAAGGGACCGUCAAGAUCCUCACUGAUACAGCCCUUUUUGUCUCCAUUUCUGGCGCUGUGGACGGCGUCGUAUUCCCAAAUCACUAUGCCGAUAUUCUAUUGAAGCAGCCACAAAAGAGGUUCAAGCCGGGAGCCAACAUCAAAUGCAGGGUAUUCACGGUUGACCCAGAGCGAAGACGAAUAUCGCUUACGGCCAAGAAGACGCUUGUCGAGUCUGAGCUCCCCAUCAUCACCAAAUUUGAAGAAGCGAAAGUCGGCAUGCUCACUCACGCCGUCAUCUUCCGAAUUUCUGAGCGCCGGUUGCAAAUCGAAUUCUUCAACAAUAUCAAAGGCAGUGUUCCACAGAAGGAGGCCAGCGAUUCUGCUACGCCUCUCGCCACGGCGUUCUCCGUAGGCAAACCUGUCAAAGUACGCAUUAUUGCCGUUAAUCCAGAAGACGGCCAUAUCACUGCCAGUAUUCGACAAGCAACCGCUGGCUCCGAGCCAAUCGUUGCAGAUAUCAGUGGCGUCGAAAUUGGCCAUACCGUCGACGGCGACGUUGCUGAAAUCCAUUCAGACAACGCUCUGAUCAUUCUCAAGUCUACUGGGAUCCGAGCGCUAUUAUCUCUCAAGAACCUCGCCAAUGCACGUAAGGUACCCGUUGCACAACUCCGUGGUGCCUUGAGCGUCGGCGAACACUUAGACGACCUCGUUGUGGUCUCGCGGAACCCGGAGAAAGGUAUCGUCAUUGUGGCGAAUCGCCCCAAGACCAAGCCAGCUCUGGAACACAGCCAUCCUCUGACUAUCGACACUGUCGAAAUCAGACAAGUCGUCGGCGGUCGCGUCCUGCGACAUCAUCGCAACGGCACGUUGCUCAAGCUCUCUUCUUCAGUCACUGGUACUCUGCAUCCCACCGAUGUUUCUGACAACUAUGAUGUGGGAAAUAUCUUCCCUCAAAUUGAUUCGAUCGUCAAGGCUUCCGUGCUCAGUAUCGACAAGGAGAAGAAACAGCUUGUCCUUUCGAGCCGGCAAUCGAGGCUUCACCCGGACAAUCACCCCGACGUCGUUGAUCGCGAGAUCAAAAGCGUUUCAGAUCUCAAGGUGGGAGAAACCAUUCGCGGGUUCAUCAAGAGCGUGGCGGAACACGGGCUAUUCGUCACUCUUGGUCGAGAUGUCGAUGCGCGCGUUCAAAUCAAGGAGUUGUUCGACGAGUAUGUUAAGGACUGGAAGCCUCGCUUUCAAGUCAACCAGCUUGUCAAGGGUCGUGUGCUAAGGAUCGAUGCUGAGAAAAAGCAGGUCGAGCUGACAUUCCGCUCGGGUGACCUAUCCCGCUCUAAACCUUCCAUCACUCUUUCGGAUCUGGAAGAAGGCCAAAAGAUCGAAGGUCGGGUGAAGAGGGUCGAAGAGUACGGUCUGUUCAUCGAGAUUGACGGGUCCAAACUCUCUGGCCUUUGCCACAAGUCCGAGCUUACGGACAAUAAGGACGCCGAUGUCACCCUCGCGCUCAGGAGUUUCAGGGAGGGCGACCGAGUGAAGGCCCUCAUUCGUUCGAUCGACUUGGAGAAGAAGCGCAUCUCCCUCGGUCUCAAGCCUUCGUACUUCGCUAUUGAAGACCUUGAGGUCAACGAUGACGACUCUGACGAUGAGGCAGACCCAGAAGCACUUGGAGUCGUCGAUAACGAUGUCGAGAUGUCUGACGACGGUGAGGCUCCUGAAGAGUCAGACGACGCUCCAGAACCCGACGUUGGCGAGGAGGGUCCCGACGGUGAGGAUGAGGAAGAGGACGUGAUGAUGGCUAUGGAUGUAGACAUGGCUCCUCUCGACCCAGUCAAGCCCAUUACCACCACCACCACCACCCGCCCUCCCCCCGUUCCUUCCCUCAAGCUUCAAGGUGGCUUCCAAUGGUCUACUACAGACGCUCUACCCGAGAACGACGACGAAUCUGAUGAAUCCGACGAUUCCGACGUCGGCGAGAGCGCUGACAAGAAGAAGAAGAAAAGGAAACGCAAGGAGAUCGAGCUCGAUGUCACCGCAGACUUGCAAACCAAGACGCCUGAGUCGAACGCCGACUUCGAGCGCAACUUGCUCGGCUCUCCCAACUCGUCCUUCCUCUGGAUCCAGUACAUGUCCUUCCAGCUCCAGCUGUCCGAAAUCGAGAAGGCUCGCGAGAUCGCGAAGCGUGCUCUGGCGACGAUCAAUUUCCGAGAGGAGCGGGAGAAGCUGAACGUGUGGAUCGCGUUGUUGAACUUGGAGAAUAUCUAUGGUACGGAUGAGUCUUUGGAGGCUGCAUUCAAGGAUGCUGCGCGCCAUUGUGACUCGAAGACCGUUCACCUCCGCCUUGCUGCGAUUCUGGAGGAGUCCGAGAAACUCGAGAAAACCGAAGAGCACUUCAAGCGCACCUGCAAGAAGUUCGGCCAGAGCUCAAAAGUGUGGACACUCUUCGGCGAGUUCUACUUCAAGCACGAUAACACCGAGGAGGCGCGCAAGCUCCUGCCUCGCAGCUUGCAGAGCUUGGAGAAGCGGAAACAUCUCAAGACGAUCUCCAAGUUCGCGCAGCUGGAUUACAAGCUCGGUGACCCAGAGCGGGGCAAGACCAUCUUCGAGGGAAUCGUCGACUCACAUCCGAAGCGUUGGGACUUAUGGACGAUUUAUCUGGACAUGGAGGCCGGCCAGAAGGACAUCCAGCAUCUGAGGAAUCUCUUCGACCGCGUCCUCGCUCAGAAGAUGACCAGUCACAAAGCGAAGACUUUCUUCAAAAAAUGGCUAGAGCUCGAACGGAGACUGGGAGACGAGGAGGGUGCCACUCUCGUGAAACAAAAGGCGAUCGAAUGGACACAGCGAGCAGCCAACAACGGUUCAGCAGAGGCGGAGGAGCAGGAUUAG